GCUCAAGACGAUUCGGCUCGCAACGUUGUGGUGCCAGAAAUGCAGAUAGAACAGCAUGUGCUGGUAUAUACUUGAGGAGAUAGGCCGAAGACGUUCCCGCGAAUGCUAGAGCUCUGGCGGGCGGGGCAGUUCCGGCAAUGGGCAUACGGGAGCAAGUUGGGGGGCCCAGCGCUGAAACUCCAGAAGAAUCUGUCAUCAGCAUUGAGCGUCUCACAGCCAGCAUCGAGACGGAGGCGGUUUGCAGGCCGCUCCCCCCUGACGAUGUCAAGCUCAUGGCCAGAAGCAUGCAGCGGGUUGACUUCCUGGCCGGUGAAACUGUCUUGAGGGUGGGUGAAGCGGGCACCCAUUUCUAUGUGUUGGUCAGUGGCAGCGUAGACGUGCUUCAAGACGGAGUUGCGUGCCACAGGCUUGCUUGCGGUGGCACCGUAGGGGCGGGGGCCCUGACCGCCGGGCACGGAGAACCGCACGACGUCGUGGCGCGAGAAGACACCAUCGCCUUCAGGAGCGACGGCGCAGAGUUUCUCAAGAUUAUAUCGGGGAACGCAUUGCGCACUGGACCCGAGAAUAGCUGCUUGGUUGGCAGAGUACCACUCUUUCAGUUCCUACCAACGUGGGCGAGGGGGAAUAUCAGCGAUCUGACUCCGCACAUGGAGAUCCUUGAAGCUGGUGAGUUUGUUGCCCAAGAGGGGCGAAAGGGCUUCAACAAAUUGCGCAUCCUGAAAAGUGGCAAACUGAACUACCGGCGCAAGACAGAGAACUGUCAUACCCUCAGAAGCUUCGAGCCUGGGGACGUUGUCGGUGCAGGCACACUCCUUCCUUGGCGGAAGGACUGCGGCGCUGCGGCCACAGUCGAGGCCGAGUGCAGGAGCGAGAUUCUCUGCAUCUCUCAUCAGGACUUGAGAGCCGCGCUGCACGACGAUACUUUGCUGGUUGAAUUGGUCCAGCGGACCUUCAUGGUCAUGGGCUUGAACCAGGUGAAGAUCCUUUCUGGUCUCUCCAGAGCUCACAAGAUUCACCUCGUCAAGGCCAUUGAGGUGAGGGACUACCCCCCUCACGAGCUCAUUGACACUGGCACCAGCAGCAGCAGCGUGCAGUACGCCCACGUCUUUCACGGCUCGCUGCGCUCGCAGGACGCCAACCAGGAGAUGGAGCUUGGCAAUGGCCAAAUCUUUCUCGCCCCUGACUGGGUCGCGGCUUGCUUUGGGAAGAAGGUGCCAUGCGUUGGGGAAGAGUGCCCCAGCGAGAGGGGCUACUCGAAAUCGGUGUCGCCAGAGGUGCGAGGGAACUUGUUUGCCGGUCCGACCGGGUGCAAGAUUGCGCUCCUCACCAGGGGCAGCCUCACGGCAGCACUCGCCGAUCUCGGCGUGUCGCCCAUCGUCGACGACCUGGAGGACACCACGGAGCUGGCAGAGGGCAUGCUCCUGGCGAACCGCAUCCCGAUCCUCCGGCACCUCUCCCGGGAGCAGGUCCAGACUGUUCUCAGGUCCUUCGUGCCCAGGCGGUACGCCAAGGGCUCCCGCGUCAUCGAGCAGGGCGAGCUGGGCACCUCGCUCUACGUGGUGGCCUGCGGAGUGCUGGAGGUUCGGAUCGGUGGCACGGCCGUGCGCACGGUCGGCAGGAAUGGCAGUUUUGGCGACCGUGGUCUGCUCUUCGAGGAGCCUCGCAGCGCGGCAGUCGUUGUCCUCAGUGACACGGCGGUGCUGUGGUGUCUGGAGAAGGCAGAUUUUGUUCCGGUGCUCACGGAUGAUCUGCGGUCAGAACUGGUGAAGCGGAUGGAACUGCAAGAUACCGAUGUCGAGCUCAGCGAUCUGACAAAUAUCCGCCUCAUCGGAGAAGGCGGCUUUGGGCGCGUCUCCAUGGUGCAGCACAAGAAGACGGGUCUCAGGUAUGCUCUGAAGCAGGUCCGCAAGACGGGCCCGCAGGGCCAAAGGCAGGCACAGCUGGCCAUCCGCGAGUCCGAGUUUUUAGCCGAGAUGGAUCAUCCGUUCACGCUGCAGCUGGUGAAGACGCUCGAUUCCAACAACAGCCUGUACAUUCUGACAGACUUGAUAACCGGCGGCGACCUCUACACCGCGGUGCUUCACGUAAGGAGGCCGCUGACCAACUGCGAGGCUCAGUUCUAUGUUGGUUCGUUGCUACUGGCGCUCGAGCAUCUGCACGACCGUGACAUUGUCUACCGCGAUCUCAAAUUGGAAAAUGUGAUGCUUGAUGACCGAGGCUACAUUCGGCUUAUCGACUUCGGUAUUGCCAAGCGCCUGGACGAUACUGGGCGUACCUUCACUUGCGUGGGGACCCCGCACUACAUGGCUCCUGAGAUGCUACAAAACCAUGGAUACGGUACAGAGGUUGACGUUUGGGCAUUAGGCAUCAUGCUGUAUAUCCUUGUCUGCAGGAGGCUUCCUUUUGGCCACAUGGAAACCGACCCUGCGCAGAUUCGGAAUAGCGUUCUGAAAAGCGACCUGGCGUUCCCACAAAAGUACAAGGACCAGUGGGGAAGAGAGCUCAUCCAACGCCUGCUCUGCCGGAUGCCAGCGCACCGGCUCGGCGCGGGCAUUGACGGGCUUGACGAGGUCAAGCAGCACGCGUAUUUCAGGCUGUCCAGCGGCACGAGUCUCUUCGAGAUGAUCAUCCGCAGAGAGUUCAUGCCGCCGAUUGUCCCCGAGGGCGAACGCUACUCAGGGUCAAAAGCGCCUGAUCAUGGAUUCAGCAUUGAUGCGGCUCGUCACGCAGAUGUGACUGCACAUGCAGACCAGGCUCAAGGGUAGCAGCACCUACACCCGCGCACUUCCAGCGCGACGCUUUGACAUGGCUUCUUUUCGACGGCCUGAGACAGGGCCCGACGCAGCACGGCACCGAGGAUCCAGCAGAAGACGGAGCCAGUGCGGCAUGCGCGCCUCAACAGGUUGGCGGCCGCGCGAUGACGAACCACGCAUGGAGUUGACACAUUUCCUCUCUCUGGCCCCGCUUCGUUACACCUCAUCCUUUUCCUCCACCUCCUCCUCCUCAUCCUC